AUGGUUGCCAAGCAAUUAGAUGAGCUGGACAGCGUACAGGACGGUGAGGGAGUACGAGAAGGUGGGCAUUGGGAUUGGAAAGGGCGUGACCAAGCGGUUGGGCAGCAGGGCUGGAAUGGUCUCCAGCGCCAUUCCGGCAUCGAAACUCACCGGCCUUUCGUAGAAACGCGCCAAAUGCAACGAAUCCGUUGGGCUUUGGAGUCAAACUUGAACCUCCCCAACUUUUGGGUUCACGGUCUCCCUGGUCAACACUACGGCUUCACCUGCGGCUUCAAGCGUCGCGGACGAAAGGCGGGCGCUUAUGGUUGCAAGCGCCCCCGCAUACUUUUCAUCUGCGGACCAGAAGAACCUCUUCCCGCAAUCUCCACUACGCCUCUCGCCUUUCGACAACGCCUUCAACGGCAAACAUGGCGGCGGAUUCACACGUUCGAGGUAGGUGUGCUCUUCGUGCUUGAUUGGCUGGGUAUGUCGGCUUCGAUCAAGGUGGUCGUAUAG